AUGAAGCGCAAGACAGAUGAAACAGGCUCUCAUGCCAAUGGACUUCCAGAGUCCAAGAAGCGUGCCCUCUCAAGUGAGGAAGCUACUGCACGCUUUCGUGAAGGCUUGUUCAACUCCGCGGAGCAACAGAAGUACACCGAUCAAUACGCCAAGUCAAACCCAUACUAUCAUGGUGUAAUUCACUCCUUAAUCGAGCCGUCAUUACUCCAAUCCGUCCGCGAAGAGAUCCAAGAACAAGUCGACUUCACCGAGAAAGAAACCGAUAUCUAUAAGAUCUUCCAAUCCGGUGAUCUGGCCAAUUUGGAUGGUCUUGACGAUUCUUCUUUGUCAAAACUACCCUCCCUCCUGAAGCUCCGUGAUGCGAUGUACUCGGCCCGAUUCCGCGAAUUCUUGUCUGGUGUGACCGGCUCAGGCAAGCUGAGCGGUCGCAAGACAGACAUGGCUAUCAAUGUUUAUACGGAAGGUUGUCACCUACUGUGCCAUGACGACGUUAUCGGUAGUCGUCGUGUUAGCUACAUCCUUUAUUUGACCGACCCAGAUACCCCAUGGCAAGAAGAGUGGGGUGGUGCGCUGCGUCUCUACCCUACUAGAACCGAGAAGGAUGCGAAUGGUGAUGAUGUCAAGAUCCCCAGUCCAGACUUCAGUCUCUCUAUUCCUCCUGCUUUCAACCAGCUUAGCUUCUUCACCGUCCAGCCUGGUGAGAGCUUCCACGACGUUGAGGAGGUCUAUCAUUUCCGCGAGGGUGAGGACAAAUCCAAGAAGCGCGUGCGUAUGGCUAUUAGUGGAUGGUUCCAUAUUCCUCAGGAAGGCGAAGAUGGAUAUGAGGAAGGUCUUGAAGAGAAGCUAGCAGAGCGAAGCAGUUUGGCUCAGCUCCAAGGCCGUGGCGAUAUCUACGAUCUGCCCCAAGCACAACCUGUCUCUUGGGAAGAGCCCGAGGUGGAGGGCAAGGGUAAAGGCAAAAUGGAAGAACAGUCCGAAGGCACUGAGUUCAAUGCAAGCGAUCUUGAAUUCCUGGUACAGUAUCUUGCACCCACAUACUUGACCCCCGAUAUUGCAGAGGAAAUGUCCGAGGCAUUCGAGAACGAGUCAUCGCUAAGCCUUGAACGCUUCCUUAAUGAAAAGUUUGCCUCUCGUAUCAGUGCAUACAUUGAGGAUCAAGAACGACAAACCCUGCCUGCCUCGUCUGAAGAGAUCAAAACUGAAACAGAAUGGACUGUGGCUUGCCCACCGCACAAGCACCGCUACCUCUACCAGCACACCGCGCCCGGUGAUACAUCAAAUCCUAUCAAGGAGCUGUUGAACGUGGUGUUCCCUUCACAAGCGUUCCGGAAAUGGCUGGCUCUGAUCACAGGUGUUGACCAUCUGAAGAGUCACAAUUUCCUCGCUCGUCGCUUCCGUCGCGGCGGUGACUAUACUUUGGCUAAUAGCUACAAUGGUGAAGAGCCACGUUUGGAGUUCACUCUUGGACUUACGCCGACAACUGGGUGGGAGAAGGAAGUGGAUGAGGAAGAUGAUGAGGAGGAGGCCGACGGUGAAGAAAAUGCAGAGGCAGAGUCAUCCUCGUCCAAGCCUAAGCCUAAAGAAAAGACUGAAGAGGAGACCGCUGAGCAUCCUUCGGUGGGUGGUUACGAGAUCUACAUGGCUGGUGAUGAAGAUGAGGAGGAUGCGGAGGACGGCAAGAAGAAGGCCGACCCUGCAAUCUACCGAUCUGCCGGUGCUGACGAGGAUGAUGGAAUUCUCUUCAGUACCCAGGCUGGAUGGAACCGACUCAGCAUCGUGCUCCGCGACAGCGGUACCUUGAAAUUUGUCAAGUAUGUCAGUGCGGCAGCUAAGGGUGAUCGGUGGGAUAUCACUGCUGAUAUCGAUGUUGAAUUUGAUGAUGACGACGAGGACGAUGAUGAUGAAGAGAUGGAAGAAGAUGAUGAUGAGUAG